AUGGCAAGAAUGAGUUUUAGAGAAGAUGUGUCGUUGAACGUGCUGCCUGAAGGUUGCAUAGCCAAUGUUCUGUCGUUUACCAGCCCGAGGGAUGCUUGCCGGUUGUCCGUUGUCUCAUCCUUGUUUAAGUCGGCGGAAGAAUCCAAUGCUGUUUGGGAAAGGUUUCUGCCCCAUGAUUAUCAAUCUAUCAUCUCAAAAUCCGAUAGUUCUUCUACAUUGUUGGCUUCUCUUUCUUCCAAGAAAGAUCUCUAUCUCAGGCUUUGUGAGAAGCCCAUAAUCAUCGACCAUGGCAAAAAGAGCUUUUCAUUGGAGAAAAAGAGUGGGAAGAAAUGCUACAUGCUUUCUGCAAGAGACCUGAUGAUUGUAUGGGGUGAUACUCCUACGUAUUGGAGAUGGAAUUCUGAUCCUUGCUCUAGGUUUGGAGAAGUGGCAGAGCUGAUUAGUGUAUGUUGGUUUGAAAUCCGAGGCAAAAUCAGUGCUACUAUGCUAUCUCCAGCAACAUUGUACACAGCAUACCUUGUGUUCAAGCCAACUCAAGGUGCUUAUGGAUUGGAUUACCAGCCAGUGGAGGUGGGGGUGGGACUCGUUGGUAGUGAAAGUGGUAAGCGAAAUGUGUAUUUGGAUUCAGACAGAGGUCGAGCGCAGCAAUACCAGUUUGUCAGAAGGCGGACUGGGUUGUUCAACCGCCGCCGAAUGGUGGGGAUGCAAGCACCUGCUAGAGAAAACAGUGGACAGCAUCCAAAGGAAAGGGGAGAUGGGUGGCUGGAGGUUGAAUUGGGUGAGUUCUUUUGCAAGGAAGGGGAAGAUGAGGAACUCGAAAUGAGUGCUCAAGAGGUGAAGGGUGGUGAUUGGAAAGGUGGGCUGAUUGUUGAGGGGAUUGAGAUUAGGCCAAAAGAGGGUAAAUAA